UUAGCAGCGGUCAGUUGCUAAAGGUAAAAAACAGCCGCUUCCGUGUUGUUCUUGUGUUAUUCUGGCAAAUAAACUCUCGUUAGCGGCGUCGAGGCUCGUCUGACAUCCCCGCCGGAGUGUGACUAUCAUGGUUUUGUGAAGCUGACGGACAGUUUCAGCUUUUUUUCGGCCGAGAUGUCGCUGCUGCAGAGCUCAAAGAAAAAAGACAAGCGUAUUUUGUCGGGUACCUGCCCAGACCCGAAAUGUCAGGCGAGGCUUUUCUUCCCCGCUCACGGCUCCAUUAGCAUCGAGUGCACGGAAUGUGGUCAGCGGCACGAGCAGAAGAACCUGCUGAACGUCGAGGAGGUGACCGAUCCAGAUGUGGUGCUUCAUAAUCUGCUCAGGAACGCCCUGCUCGGCGUCACCGGGGCCCCGAAGAAAGGGACAGAGCUGGUGAAGGUAAUGGGGCUCUCUAACUACCACUGCAAGCUUCUGUCCCCGGUGCUCACCAGGUACGGCAUGGACAAACAAACCGGCAAAGCCAAGCUGCUCAGAGAAAUGAACCAGGGUGAGAUGUUUGACUGCUCACUGCUGGGAGACAGAGCCUUUCUGAUAGAGCCGGACCAUGUGUCCACCAUGGGCUACGGCAAGGACCGGUCAGGGAGCCUCAUAUACCUGCAUGACACUCUGGAGGAGGUCAAGAAGGCCAAUGGCAACAGAGAGUGUCUCAUUCCAGUCCACGUAGACGGAGACGGGCACUGCUUGGUCCACGCUGUGUCCCGAGCCCUGGUGGGCAGAGAACUGUUCUGGCACGCCCUGAGGGAGAACCUGAAACAGAACUUCAAGCAGAACCUGGACCGCUAUAAGGCCCUCUUUCAGGACUUUAUUGAUGCUGCAGAGUGGGAGGAUAUCAUCAAUGAGUGUGACCCCCUAUUCAUCCCACCUGAAGGCGUGCCGCUUGGACUGCGCAACAUCCACAUAUUCGGUUUAGCCAACGUCCUCCACAGACCCAUAAUCCUGCUGGACUCCCUGAGUGGGAUGAGGAGUUCUGGAGAUUAUUCGGCCACCUUCCUGCCCGGGCUGGUGGCUGAGGAGCAGUGCAGGGGGAAAGACGGGAAGCUAAACAAACCCAUCUGCAUUGCCUGGAGCAGCUCUGGCAGGAACCACUACAUUCCCUUGGUAGGAAUCAAGAAUACGGUGCUGCCCAACCUGCCCGCUCGAUUGCUGCCAAAGGCAUGGGGCGUCCCUCAGGAGCUCAUCAGGAAGUACAUCAAGCUGGAGUCAGAUGGGAGCUGCGUAAUCGGUGGCGACCGCAGCUUGCAAGAUAAAUAUCUGAUGAGGCUGGUCAACGCUAUGGAAGAGGUCUUCAUGGAGAAGCACAGCAUCCACCCAUCGCUGGUGGCAGACGUACAUCAGUACGUCUACAGACGGACCGGUGUGAUCGGCAUCCAGCCCGAGGAGGUGACGGAGGCAGCCAAGAAGUCAGUGAUGGAAAACCGACUGCACCGCUGCCUGAUCUGUGGUGCCCUCUCUGAGCUCCACGUCCCUCCAGAGUGGCUGGUUCCUGGUGGAAAGCUCUACAACUUAGCCAAAUCCACACACGGCCAACUGCGACCAGACAAGAACUACAGCUUCCCCCUCAACAAUGUGGUCUGCUCGUAUGACACCCAGAGAGAUGUCCUGGUCCCAGAUUACAAACUGAGUUCCCUGAACACCUGCAACUGGUGUCACGGCACAUCAGUCCGCCACAUACGGGGCAACGGCUCGGUGGUUUACCUGGAUGGGGACAGAACAAACACCCGCUCUCAAGGUGGGAAGUGUGGGUGUGGCUUCAAGCAUUAUUGGGAUGGGAAGGAGUAUGACAACCUGCCCGAGGCCUUCCCCAUCACGCUGGAGUGGGGGGGCCGGGUGGUGCGUGAGACAGUGUACUGGUUCCAGUAUGAGACUGACCCGGCACUGAACAGCAAUGUGUACGAUGUGGCUAUGAAGCUGGUCACCAAGCACUUCCCAGGGGAGUUUGGCAGUGAGAUUCUGGUGCAGAAAGUGGUGAACACCAUCUUGCAUCACACCGCCAAGAAGAACCCGGAUGAGUACAACCCAGUGUCCAUCGACGGGGCUCACGUGCAGCGUCUCACCGACGCCACAGAGACUCCACAGGUGGCAGAUCCCCAGCCUCCUACUAAGAUCAUACUGACAGGUCAGAAAGCAAAGACACUUCACAAAGAGGAGCUGACGAUGAGCCGGGCGGAGCGCAGCAUCCAGCAGAGCAUCAGUGAGCAGGCCUUCGUCACUCAGAAGAGACGGACUGACAAACUGAAACAGGAGCAGAAGGGCCAAGGCCGGACAUCUUCCCCUGGUGGGUCUCCAGAAACCUCCUCCUCCUCAGCUCCAGCCACGCCCACCAAAUCCUCCUCCCCGUCUUCAUCGAAUAAAGAGAAGAAGAUCCGUGUGACCACCAGUGAUGGCAGGCAGGCCAUGCUGACCCUGCAGGCCCACACCACCUUUUCAGAGGUGCAGAGGAGCAUCACAAACCAGUUUGGUGUGCCGCCGGCGCAGCAGUGCAUCCGAUAUGGCUUCCCACCCAAAGAACUGAUCCCCCCGAAGGACGGCGAGGAGAACGAGCCGGUGGCGUUGCAGCAUGGCGACAGGGUGACAGUGGAGAUACUGAGGGGCCCUGAGGACAAGAGCCCAGCGGCCUCCAUACCCCGAGCCUCCAGCUCACACUCCGGCCUGCACUCAGUGAAGAACGAAGACUCUGUGACGUCCAGCAGGAUGAGCAGCCGGGAACUCCAGGACAGCAUCGACCUUGAGAUGUCCUCCCUCUGUCUCCUAGCAACUUUGAUGGGUGAAGACGUUUGGUCGUACGCAAAGAAGCUGCCGCACUUAUUCCAGCAGGGUGGUGUCUUCUACAACAUCGUCAAGAAAGACAUGGGCCUGAUGGAUGGGAAGCACUGCACGCUGCCUCACCUGGCGGGGAAAACCUUUGUUUACAACGCAGCAGAGGAGCGUCUGGAGCUCUGUGUGGACGCUGCUGGUCACUUCCCCGUCGGCCCAGACGUGGAGGAGCUGGUGAAGGAGGCGCUGGUGCAGCUGCGCUCGGAGGCGGCCUCCAGGGGCAGCAGAGAGGGGAGUCCUUCUCACGGCGUCCUGCGGUUGGGCAGCGGCGGCGUCGUCCGCAAGAAGGAGCAGCUGCAGAGCGUCACUGCCUUCCAGGGUAAAGGCCACUCUCUGGGCAGUGCCGGAGGCUCCUCCCCUCCCGAACACCGGCCUAUCACACGCCAGCACAGCAGCGGCGUGGACCUGAGUGCCAGCGUCUCCCGAGGACCCCCAGAUCUGUCGGACAUCCCCGAGGACACCACCAGGGAGCUGGUCCGUAUGGCUCCAGGUUUUGUCACCAUGAAGGACGGCCGCGGCCUGGACCCCAGCCUGAUGGAGCAGCAGCGGAGGAAGCUGCAGGAGAUGGUUUCAUCCAUCCAGGCCUCCAUGGAGCGCCACCUGAGAGAGCAACAGAACACCGCCGCCACAGGGGGCGGAGCCAGCCUCGACCGGACAGGUGGGACUAAAAAGGCCACGAUCCAGGCAGCGUCUGCGGCCGAACCUGUAGCUGCAGCGGGUGUGACGGCGGCCGGUAAACCAGACGAGAAGACGGAGGAGCCGGAGGAGAUGGAUAGCCAGGACGCCGGGCAGAGCAACGCCACCGAACCCAUGGAUCACUCCUGAUCAGUCCUGAGCCCCAGCACCGCCCCGCCCUCUCCCCGCCUGGCCGCCAUCUGUGGGUCAUAACGCCUCAGGUCGGAUCCUAAAGCUUUGGUCUUCAUCGUGUUGCGUUGUCUUUACUGCAUGACUAAAGAGCAGGUCGACCGUCCUCUCCGCUGCAGACUCCAGGUGGGACAACAAUCAGUAAGGCGAUAUACUGCAACACACCGUCUGCAAUAUAUCACCAGUAGUCACAGAUCAGUACUGAAGCUGUGGCUGUGUGUGUGUUUAUACUGUACGUGCUUUGCUACACACCCUCACCUCAGCUGUGGACGCAACUCCGUUAAUAAUCAAAACAGUAAAUGAUUGGUUCUGGCUUUUAAAAGGAAUUAUUUUGCCUCAUUAGAAUAAGUUUUCUCUUGGGUUGGUGAUGUUUUGUAAACGACUGUCUUGCAGUAUAUUGCGGUGACAGGAUUGCUUUAGCUCUGUGAUUCCCACCUGCGGAUGUGUAAUCCUCUCGCUAUAAACAAGCACCGUCGUCCGGGGAGGAUGAACCGGUCGGAUUCCCGUGUGAGACGCAUUCCUGUAGAUAGAAGAAUCCUCUGAGUCUUAAUCCGCCACCAGGUGAGAGCUGCUGGCCGCCGGCAGCGUCCUGCAACCAUGCUUCCGUCAAAGUGCACACUCUGAGAGGUGCACCGGCCUCUGUACGCAUCAACGCCUUCGUCACCGAAAUCUGCUUUUCCACCGUCUGUUAGCCUGAGGAGCGCAGGGAGAACUCUGGAUCUGUGUUUGCUUGACUGUCUGACUCUUUCUUGACCUGAGAUUUAAUAUUCUGCCCCUCUAACAGUCACCACUUCAAGUUUAAUGUUCCAGGUGAAACAGUGUCCUUGAUGUGACGCUUCAGACCAACCUGCACCACCGAGAGGUAGCAAAUGACAUCUUUGAGGAUUAAAAAUUAAAGGAUGCUCCAUCUGCAUUUUUUCUCUUUUAUAGCUGUGUAUUUUUAGGGUUUAUGUGUGAGGUUAUUAAACAUUACAUUUUAAACUUCUGUAUAGAAGUUUUAUUCACUGCCUGACACUCUCCACCCCAAAUCCCGCCGGUGGGGUCAAAAGGCAUGUUAACUUAAAAAAAAAACUGCAAGAAUUAAACUAUUUGUCAGAGCCAGAAAUUCAGAAGAUUUAGACUUUCUUUAGAUUUUCAACCUUCCAACAGUGUUUGAUUAGAUAUUUGAUGAGGUACCGUUCCAUCAGCAGCGUUUGAAAUCAUAGAAUUUACACUGACGUCACAUUAAAAAAUUUGCAAAAAUAGAGUGCAUCAGAUUCUGUGGAGAAAAAAAAACUAAAAAUUCUGCGCUUGUCAUCACUAUUGAGAAGCCACAACUGCCUCGGCAACACAAUCAAAGUCUUCGGCUGAACUGUAGAGGAGUCAAGUGGAAACAAAAUGAAAAUGUAAGUACUCAAAAACUAUAGUUAUUCAAGCCACUGUUUCACUAUCCAGGGCACUAAAAAACAAAAGUUCCACACAUUGGUUCUCGGUUAAAAAAAAACAAAAAUUCCCGAGUUUUCUUUGCUUCUCGACAUAGGUGUGGUGUUUCCACAGAGCUGCUUUCAGUCAAAAAACAACACAAUAAUCUUAGGACAUACUGAGAAAAACGACCGUCGUAUCACCUCUGAACUUUUCACAUAAUCUGAACGAGGAUGUAGUGAGUCGUGAGACUGUAAAAGCACCUUUUCCACGGCAGCGUACACCUGCAGUACGCUGAUCAGGCGGAGCACGCCACCUGAACAGUCCUGAUGCCAAGCCAAGCCGCAACCUGCAGGGCUGAGAAAUGAAGUGCCAAAAAAAUGCAGUUUGUUGAAUGUCCACCUGAGGCUCCAACAGCCAGUCAGUCACCCUCAUGAUAAAGUAUCAACUUUACAGCAGAAAAAAUGAGUUAACAGCCUGGUAGAAAAUACUUUUUGGUCUCUGUAGCUAGUUUUCCCGUUUGUGGCACCUAUAGGGGGUUAAUUUUUAUAGAAUUCACCCGUUUGUGUUGCACUAUUGCUUAAAGUUAUGCAUAGUUAUGUUAAUCAUGCUCCAUCUUUCUUUUGCGACACAUUUAACGAUAAUACAACACACCCUGAUCGCUCUGACAGAUGCGUGAUUCAGAAAAGAUAAACGUCUCCCCUGCUACUCAUCAGGGCUUCUUGCCAUCCCGUGUUCCAGCUGCAGGAAAAGAAGCAUGUCGGUGUUGCAGGUUGGUGCUGCAGGUGUUCAGGGCAGAGAGUCAGGAAACAGCUCCCCCAUGUGGACAAAGUGUUAACAGUGAAUUUCUGAGCAAGUCACAAGUUUGUUCCAAUCAGGAGGUGCUUUGAAUGUAGACAAAACGUAAGCGUGUUAGUCAUCUAAAAAGGCUGGUUUCUCAAAGAAAAAGAUGUCAACGUGCAAAGAAUUUAAGUGAUCAACAGCCCAUCAUUUGUUUGUGUUUUAUUUUACCCUUGUUGUUGUAAUGCAGUUAGAGGUGACCAACAGAAACAACCAAACAGCCCCGUUCAAAUGGGAAUUUUUGUCUUCAGAGGUGGAGGUUUUAAAGUAUGACAGAUGUUAGUAAUCUGUCACCCCCUCCCCAGUGGUCGAUACAACUAAACCCACCUUGUUUUUCCAGUGUCCUCACUGCUUCCACCUGAAUUUAAAUCCCAUCCUUUCAUUUUAAUGUUUUCUUCUCCCUGUUUUUCAUCAUCAUCACCAUCUUCCCAUUUGGAUGGGGCUUAAGGGUGUAAAAAAAAAAAAAAAACCUGUUUAUGAGGUUUUCUUUUCGCUGAGUAAACAACACAAAGUCCCUUUGCUGUCAUCCUUUGGGUUCAACAGCUGCUGCAAAACUUUAAAAUGCAGAAUGUGCCCAAAGAAAAACCAGGUUAAAAAUUUCACUCCAAUUUAAAACCAAUUCCUCCACAGGCCUUUGUGCUUUGAUUCUAUGCAAAAAAAUUUACUGAACUUCUAAAUCGGAAUAUAAAAAUACUACCCAUGAGAAUCCCACCUUUGUGUUGAUUUACAGAGUCCACGCUUGACUUUUGCUUUUCUGCAGCUAUGGAAACAAAAUACAAGCAACAAGAUAUCUAUAGAAGCAUCUAAUCACAGUUUUUAGGGUUUUUAUGUUUAUUGCUGAUGUACACUACCGUUCAAAAGGUUUGGGGUCACUCAGAGAAUUCCAUGUUUUCCAUGAAAACUCCCACUUUUAUCCAUGUGCUGACAUAACUGAACCAUCAAUGAGCCUUUCAACACCAUUAGCUAACACAAUGUAGCAUUAGAACACAGGAGUGAUGGUUGCUGGAAAUGUUCCUCUGUACCCCUAUGGAGAUAUUCCAUUAAAAUCAGCUGUUUCCAGAUAGAAUAGUCAUUUAGCACAUUAACAAUGUCUAGACUGUCUUUCUGAUUCAUUUAAUGUUAUCUUCACUGAAAAAAACUGUUUUUCUUUCAAAAAUAAGGACAUUUCUAAGUGAGUCCAAACCUUUGAACGGUAGUGUAUAUGUUCAGUAAGAAUCCUAAAAGCUGCUGUUUUUUAUCAGAGCAACAUGGGAAUAAAUGCAGAUAAGCAACAGAUCUUUAAACGUGUGUUUUAAGAAAUGUCCUCGGAGACGUUUUAUCCUGCAGCUACAAACCACACGGCGUGGCCAGAAGGACAUGAACUGUUCCAUACUGGUGCUUCAGUCACAAAACCUAGAAAUCCCGCUUUCCAGAAAGCUGACCACCGGGUCGAAGCAUGUCAUGUUGCUUCUGAGUUUACCAGAAAUCUACUGGAUAACAUUUGAACGUUUCUCAAGUUGUGAUUAGAUGCUUGUAAUGAAAUCUGCAGCUGUUUCCAGCCUGCUUUGUGGUUUUUCUCACCAUUUUGUUUUGGAGUAAAUGCUUCUUUCUUGCUCAGUUGGUCAGAUUGAUGUCGCUCCCAAGUCUGUACGGUAAAUAUGAGCGGCUGGUUAGCUUAGCUUAGCAUUAAGACUGGGAACUGGCUGAGUGGAUCUUACUAUCAGCAGCUGUCGGCUCACUGAUGGACAUGGUGUUUCUAAGUUGUUUAAGCUGAAGUGUGAAAGACAGACCUGGGAGUGCUUCAAUCUUUCCAAAUAAGAAAACAUGUUCCCCAAAGGGUCAAACCUUUGCUUUAAAAUGACAAAGAUGAAAGUCAGUUUACACUUUUUGUUGCCAACAAAUUGUUUCUUCACAUUUCCAUGUUGCUCUUGAAAUGACGACAAAUGAUCUUGUUGGAAGAACUCAUCAUCAUUAGGCCUUAAAAAUUAUUAAUUUUAUACAAACAAAUUUGCUUUACAUUUAGAUUUUUUUUAUCUGUACCUGUUUUACCUUAAACUGUCUCUUAUUUUAACUGAAAUCUUCAUUUUGAUCUUAAAACUCUCAGAUGUUUUGUUUUCUGGUUUGAGCAAAAAUCUCACUUUCAAACUGUGAAUCCCAGUCGUAUCUUUCAGCUCUGAAGUUUAUUUUGCUGUUGAGGUGAACAAAUGUAAGACUUAGCACUUUGUUUGAGGAAAAAGAGGGAACGUUAGCGUAGCAUUCUCAUAUUAACUGAACCUGAUCAUCAGUCAGUCAGUCUGAGAGGAAACUGGUUGGUUGGACGAAUCAGAAGGAAGAAGAGUUUGUUCAGACCCGACGACACUGCUGUAACACACUUGAAGUUUUUUCUUUGUGACUGCUGUACUAAUGACAUGAAUUGUAAUCCAGUUGUAUAAUAGUAUAUAUUGUAGUAUAUUUGGACCUGUACAGAAACACAGAUUGUUCAGUUUCUUCAGUUAAAUUUCUUUUGUUAACUUCUCUCUGGUUUGCUAAUAAAAUAUUGAUGAUACACGGCUUCGACAUUGCUGUUUGCAUGUGUGAUGAAUUUUCAACCCCGACAAUAAAAUCACUUCCUUCA